AUGCAUCUGCUAGCUGCUUGCGGCCUCUUCGUAGUGGUUGCCUCUGCCUAUCAGAACAAAAAGGAAAAUGAUAGGUGUCGGUACUGCCACUUUUUAGUGGCUACAUUCGAAGCUGGUUUGCGGAGAACUGCACGGCAGCACUUUGCUGGAGGUGACACAGCAUGGGAAGAAAAAAAGCUGGGGAAAUAUGCCACAAGCGAAACCCGGUUUGUUGAAGUUAUGGAAGGUAUAUGCAAAAAGAACACAAUUGUUGAGAUGGAUCCUUUCCAUGGACUUCAUGAGUUAGAGUUUAGGUGCAAUACUCUUGUCGAAGAACAUGAAGAUCUCUUAGAAGACUACUAUUAUAAGCACCAGGUGAAAAAUAUGACGGAAUGGCUAUGUGAGAUACAAACCAAACUUUGCUGUCCGGAUGGUCACUAUGGUAAAGACUGUCGAGAAUGUCCUGGCCUAAAACUUGCGGGAAUGGUGUGCUUCGGCCGUGGAAGCUGUGAUGGAAAUGGUAGAAGAUAUGGCACGGGGAAAUGUGCUUGCGAGCCAGGUUAUGUUGGAAAUCUGUGCAGACAAUGUGCAGCUGGUUACUUUGAAAAGUCGAGAACAGACAAGACGAUUGAAUGUGAAAAGUGCUUCGAGGGCUGUGCUGGAGGAUGCUCAAUGUCAGGCCCGAAAGGAUGUGUGAAAUGCAGAAGCGGGUGGAACGAAACGAUAGAAGGAUGCGUAGAUAUAAAUGAGUGUAACACGGAAACAACAUGUCCGAAAGCCAACGAGAAGUGCGUAAAUUUGCCAGGAUCGUACCGAUGUGAUUGUGUUGAUGGAUACAGAAGAGAAGAAUCGUCCUGUGUGUUGGACGUUGAAGCGGAACCGUAUCGGAUGCUGAUUCCUCCUGACACAUUGCUGAAAGGGAUAUCUAUGACCAGUUUGGCACUGAUCAUCGCGUUCGUGAUUUGGCGGCAAUCGAUUUAUCUACUCCUCCUCACGACUAUUGCAGUGGCAAUGAUCAUCUUCAUAGAUAUCAAUGUGAACCCAGAUACGAUACCAGACAGUGUGAAAAAAUACUUAACGUUGUGA